UUUUGUACCACCCCCCACCCAUAUAUGUACAUACACAUUGCACUGCAUUGCACGCAAACUAUGUAUUUAACAUAUUACCGGCAUAAUUUAUGUGCAACUUUUAACAUCUAAACAUUAUUAAACAUAACAAUAAACCCAUAAAUAAUAGUUGAGUGUAAAUUUUUCCAAUUAUUUUCAUAGUAGACAAUUAAAUUUAAAGUUAGCAACAAUGAACGACGAAAAAUCAACGGCAGGGGAUACCUGGACUCCUUAUAAAGAACUUCAUAAUUUAAUUGAAACAUAUGUGAUAUCUUCAUCAAAUGUUCAAGAUCCACAGUACCAUGAGUUGAUGGAGGUACUCCGUAAUUAUCGUCAAAAUUUUUUGACAUUAAUGAAAAAUCCACCAAAAAAUUCAAAAAGUCGUGAAGAUAUUCAAAAAGGAGUAACUGAAGGUGUCACACUUCCAGGUCAUGGCCAUCAUGUUUUAUCAAAAGAACUUGUUGAUGAAACAAUAAUAAUAUCUGACAUGUAUGAUUUAAAUGAAUUUAUGGCACUUGAUUUAUUGUGUACAGCUCAACAACAAAUGCCAUAUCAUCCUGGUUUAACUCGUGGUCUAACAGCAAUAUUACUUUAUUAUGAUGGAAGAAGAGCAUUGACAUCAUCAUUAAGAACACUUGUACAAGCAAGAAUUGGUCAUAGUUGGGUACUUGAUACUCCAGUAACAUUAACUAAAAAAAUAACAGAAUAUACAAAUAAAAUGCAAGAUGAUGGUCUUCUUGAUAGAAUAUUAUCACUUCUUGAAAAUAUGGAUCCAACAAAAGAACAAGAUUUAUUACAACAAAAUCGUGCUCUUGGUAAUGCAAAACAUCAUCAAAUGGUUAUGAGAUUGUAUAAUGAUACAAGACAAGAUUUAGCUGAUAUAUUAUAUCUUUGGAGUGCUCAAUCAUCAUUACCAACACAAAUAACUCAUCGUUUAAUGAAUUUAUUACAAAAAAGACAACCAGAAUUGGAGGGUGGUACUGGUGGUCCUGAUAAAGUAACACUAGCACUUAUAAUGGCAUUAUUAAAUGCUUUAAAUUUGAGUUCAUUACAUAGUCGUGAAGAUGGUGAAGCUAUUGUAAGAAAUAUACCAAUAGUAUCACAACCAGGUUUUCUUGAAGAACUCAUUCAAGAAUUAAUGAAUUAUGAUAUUGUUUGGGAAUCAAAUGGUUUACGUGGUCUUGUACAAUUUGCAAUGGCUGUUGCAAUAACAACAACUAAAUCUGGUGCAAAUUUAUCAAGUCAAAAUAUAACAAAUGAAGAUGAAAUUUUACUUGAAGCAGCAUUAUCAAAUAAAGCAUUUCAUUUUUUAACAAAUGUUAUAUUUCAAAGUGAAGAUAUACAUAAAGAAGAAUUUUAUAUUCGUUAUUUUCAUACAUUUAUAUCAGAUUUUAUAACACUUAUGCCAUUAAAAGUUAAAGAAUUACGUAGUCGUGCUGAUGAAUCAAUGAGAUUUAUUGCUGCUUAUCAACAAGAAGGUAUUGAUCCACCAAUGAAUUUAGAUGAUCAUUUUGAAUAUUUAAUGUUAAUGAUUGCUGAAUUAUAUAAAAAAGAUCCAUUAAAAUUAAAUUUAGUUGUUGAUUAUUGGUGUCAACAUACUGAAUCAUCAAAUCAUUUAUCAACAACAAAUCAUACAUCAUCAAAAUUACCAUCACGUCAAGUUGCAUUAUUUAAAUUUGUAAGAUUAGCUGGUGAAAUAUUACCAGCUGGUUUAUUUGUAUCAUAUUUAAAAAUGAUUGCAUCACUUGCAUCAUCAAAUCAAGCAGCAAGACAUGCAUUUAAUUUUUUAAAACCAAAUGGUUCAUCUGGCUCAACAAUAUCAUGGGAUCAUUUUUUUUCAUCAUUAAGUCGUUAUUAUUAUAAUCUUCGUCAAGAAUUACCACCAAGUCAAGAUACAAUAUAUCGUCAAAGAAAUCAUCCAAAAGGUAUAACACCACAUGAAGUUAAAGGUCUUGAAGCUGUAUUAAAUGUUGUACAAGUUGUUGCAAAAUAUGAUGAAAUGUCAAGAGUUGCAAUAUGUGAUCAUCCUGGUUGGGGAUUAUUACCAUCAUUAAUUGGUCUUGUUGGUUGUGCAAUGCCAAUACCAUUAAAAGGUGUAUUAAUAAAAACGCUUGCUGCACUUGCAAAAUCAUCAGAAAGUUCAUCAACAAUAUGGCAAAGUCUUGAAGCUGCACAAAUAUUAUGUACAAUACCAACAACAAGUAGUUAUCAACCACGUGGUGUACAAACUGAAUUAGAAGAAAUUGAAUCAAGAAAUGAAGAAUAUCCAUUAACACGUGCUAUGCUUGAAUUACUUGAUGCACUUACUGAUUUUCCAAUUCCAAGAUUAUUAGGUGUUGGUACAAGAAAUCCUGGUUUUGAUCCAUAUCUUUAUUUUAUUAUAAAUACAGUAUUUUUAAGAUUUAAUACAAGAUCAUAUAAAAAUUCUGGUGAAAAAUGGCAAGUUGCUGAAUUAUGUUUACGUAUAUUUGAAAAAUUAAUAUCACAAUAUGAGCCAUCUGUUGAUGAUUUUAUUGGUUCUAAAGUUGAAUUACAAGGUGGUGAAUCAACAAUUAUUAAUCCAGAACCAGGUUAUCAUUUAAUGACACAAUUACAUUCAAAAUCUGAAUUUUUACGUGUUAUAUUAUAUAUACUUGAUGAAGGAAGACAUCAUUUAGAUACAUAUGAUACAUUACCUGGUAAAAUACAUCUUGAAAAUGCAACAUUAUAUGCAUUACGUAUGUUAGAACGUGGUUUAAUAAUGCAACAUCAUUAUAUGUCACAAUUAUCAGCAGCAACAUCAACAAAUAAAAUAUUAACUGGUUUAUCAAGAUUAUUACUUGGUGUUAAUACAAGAACUGAAAAACCAGAUCAUAUGAUUAAUAUUGCAAUGUAUAUAUCAUAUAAUAAUUGGUUACGUAAACAUGCAUAUGCUGCUAUUGGUGUUAUACAAGGUGUUGCUAGUGAACCAAGUGCUGAUUCUGAAUUAUUAUCAACAUUUACAUCAACACCAACAUUAACAUUAUCAAUAAGACAUGGUUUUGUUGAAUGUUUAGAUAUGGAUAAUGAACAAAUAUCACAAGAUACAGAUAAUAAUUAUGAUAAUAUAAAUAAUGAACCAGCUGGUAAUUGUAAAGAUAGAAUACUUGUUUUUUUAAUGCAAAGUAUUGCUCGUCCAUCACCAAAUUUAGCACAUUAUUUAUUGGGUUUUGAUAUAACAAAAGACAUAAGAAAAACAGUUAUACAACAACCAGGUAUACUUGGUUAUCCACGUACAUGUUUACAUUCAAUUUUAGGAAUAUUAGAACAAUCACUUGAACGUGGACGUGAUAAAAUAACUGAAGCAUGUUAUUGGUUUUUACAUAUAUUAUCAGCAAAUAAUAAAACAUCUGUUUCAGUAUUAAGAUUUUUAAGAACAGCAAUGAAUCAAGAUUUUGUACAACGUCAUUUAUCUAAAAUGCCAUUUCAAGGUGAUAAUCGUGCAACAGAACUUGCUUGUAUGUCAUGGUUAUUAAAACUUGCUGCAAUUGAAUUACGUGUUGCUGGUGGAAGUUUACAAAAUAAUUUAGUACAACGUCUUAUUGGUACAACAUCAUCAUCAUCAACAACAACAACAUCAUCUUUAUCAACAACAACUACAGCAAAUAAUGAACGUGAACAAGUACUUCCAUUUCAAAAAUUACUCAUGGAUUUAUUGCAUUAUAUUGAUUUUCAAUUGGUACAAGAAACAUCAAAAUCAUGGGAAUUUUUUGAUCCAAAUCAAGUUGAAAUAGUAUUUGGUAAAUGUUGUACACCAAUGUUACCACAAGGUGGUCCACAAUUAGUUGAUAUAAGAAGAUUACAUUCAUUAAUAUCUGAUGAACUAUCAAUAACUCAAAGUAGUGCAACAGCAACACAAAGAAAAUUAAUGCAACAAGAAUUACAAUCAAUUCUUGCAUAUGCAUUAAGAAAAAAUCAAAUAAAAACAUUAUCAUAUUCAACAGUUAAAUUUGUUGAAGGUUGGUGUCAAGCAACUGAAAUGUUAUUUUCAAUAGCAACAAAUCAACAAUUACCAGCUGGACAACGUCAAAAUCUAUUGUUAAAUUUAUCACAUGAUUUAUUACAAAAAAUGACAUCAUGUGAAGCAUUAAGUGAAAUAAAAACACUUGUAUCUGGUACUGUGCUAAUAUUAUUGGUUAAUUUAAAAAAUACAUUUGCAACUGAAAAAGAUAAUUUACCAGCAUCAUCACCAUCAUAUACAACAACAAUGAAAAUAAUACUUGGACAUAUUUUACAAUGGAUAUUAAAUUCUGGUGCAUCAUCACAAAAAGUUAGAACACAUCUUUAUGGUGCAUUAUUAAAUUUUUUGUCAGUUGUUGGUAUGGAAAAACAAGAAAAAAAUAACUAUUAUUCUGAUUCAAAUUUAAAUUAUGUUAGUCAAUUGGAUUCAUCAUUAUAUAGAGCACUUCCAGUACAUGAAAAAUCUCAUCGUUAUGCAACAAUACAAGUUAUAAAUGGUUUUGGUGAUAAACUUAUGGAUAUUAUUUGUCAUAAUUGUUCAGCUGGUCAUGAUGUUUGUAAAAUGUUAACAUUAUCAUGUCUUGAUAAAAUACUUGAAUUAGAUUAUGAUAAUUCAUGGAUAAUAUAUUUAUCAAGUCGUGGUUAUCUUAAACAUAUGAUUGACAGUUUAUUAGAAUCAGAUAAUAUGUUGAGAAAUAUGUUACAACCAGAUCCAGGUACUUUACGUCCAAUAUAUCUUUAUGAAGCUAAAAUGGCAACAUUUUGUCGUAUGGCAUCAACAAAAUUAGGUGCUGAAAAUUUAUUAGAAAAUAAAAUAUUAUCAUGUUUAUCAAGUAUGACUGUAUUUGAUCAUCAUCCAGAUAUACAUAUUGGUUUUGAUUCAGCUGAUGUAUCAUUUCUUCCAUCAAUUGGACAACGUUAUCAACAAAUUUUUUUACCAGCUUUAUAUCUUUGUGAUGCAUUAUUAACAACAUUAGGAACUGAAAAUCAAUCAUGUGCUGUACAAGUUUGUGGAUUUCUUCAAAGUCAUCGUGAUACUGUUGAAAUGGUAUUGAGAAAUGCAACACCAAGAGCUAAUAAAUUAUUUUUAAAAGAAGUUGCUUGUUUAACUGGUGUUAUUGCAAGAUCAGCAAAUAUUGAUAUGUAUCAACUUGUUGAAGAAGAAUUAGGUAAAGUUGAUACAAUUGAUAAUAAUUUUUUGGAUAAUACUGGUAUACGUGAAUUACGUGCACAUCUUUAUCGUUUACAAAAAUUAAUUGUCAGUCUUAUACCAAAAUUUAAUCCACAAAAUUUAAAUAUUUAUGGUAAUAAUCAAGAUGAUAUUGAUCAACAACGUUAUUCAUCAAUACAAAUAUCAGCAAAUGUAUUUUUAUAUGCUAGAAAUCAAAUGCAACAUACACAUAUGGAUCAAAAAAUUCGUAAUUUAUUAUUUGAACCAUAUUUAUCAAAAUGUAAUGGUAAUAAAGAUAAUACAAAUAAAAAUGAUACAAGUGGUGUUACACUUGGUUCAAUUGUUGAACAACUUGUAUCAUCAACAAAUACAAUGCAUUCUGAAUUACCAAUACUUGAUACACUUAUUAAAAGAGCAUCAUUAUCAAGAGAUAUGGGAACAACUGAUUUAAAAAAAUAUUUAAUUGAAGAAGAAAUGGAUUUAGAUACAAAUAAACAACGUUUAAUUGUUGAAAAAAGACUUGAAAAACAAGCUGAUGAUAAAAGACAAAAUAUUAAAUAUUUAUCAUUAAUUAUUGAACAUAGUCUUUAUAUUUUAUGGUCACAUUUAGAUUUUUAUGCAACAAAUUCAUCAGCUAAACAUUUUAGAAAUCAAGGUGGAAUGGAUGAAAGUAUCAUGGAAUUUCGAGUAUCACCUGAAAUGUUGUCAGAUUUAAAACAAGGCUUAAUUUCAAUUCUUAAUGACAGUUUUGUUUCACAAUUACUUGAUACUCAGCAUGAAUAUUCAAUCAUUGAAAGAAGUUUUAUUGAAGCACUUGUUCGAAGAAUCAAAAGAUUACUACAAUUCAUUAUUGUCAAGUAAAAAAAAAAAAAAAAAGAAAAGAAAAAAAAA